AUGGAGAAUGAUUCAUUCAGAACAGAACUUCGCAACACCAAAGUCCUCCAAGGCCCAUUCCCAGACUUAAACUUUGACACUUUCCCAGAAACACCACAUGAUGCUUUCAAGCUCUGGUUCCACGAAGCGGUCACCGCAGGAGUGAAAGAGCCGCAUGCUAUGACCCUUUCCACAGUUGACGAAAGUGGAUACCCCGAUGCGAGAGUCUUAAUCUUGAAAAACGUCGACGCUCGAGGCUGGCAUUUCGCCAUCAAAGCCGACAGUCCCAAAGGAAAACAACUGGAGAGUAGUGGACAUGCGGCUUUGACAUUCUACUGGCCACAAGUUGCUCGACAGAUUCGAUUGAAGGGGAAGGCUGUCGCGCUAUCUGAUGAAGAAAGUGCCCUUGACUACGAAUCCCGACCCUUGGCUUCUAGGAUUAGCGCCGUGGCCUCGAAUCAAAGUCAGAUUCUUUCAGGCCGGGGUGCGCUAACUCGCAGCCUUGCUGAAACAGAAGCGAAGAUGUUAGACUAUCCUCUUAUCGGUGUGAACAAAUGGAGGGUCUACGCUUUGAUGCCGCAUGCUGUCGAAUUCUGGCAAGGAAGCGAUACUCGUCUUCAUCAGCGUCUUCGGUAUGUGUACGAGGAAGGAGAGAAUAAGUGGCAGAGGAAUUUGCUGUGGCCUUGA